AUGUCCGACAACUUUGAGCUCCAGGACUUCUCGACCACGACGUGCGAUGAGCCCACGCCCGCGCCCGCGCCCGCACCCCAGUCGCUCGCUGUCUCUGUCGACACAGAAAGCGUCCUCUACUGGGCCUGGGGCGCAGCCAGCAUACUGGCUGUAUCGGCCACAACCCUGCUCCUCUUCCCCCGCUUUCUCCUCUUUCUCGUCGAGGGCGGGGGAUCCGAGCGCAGGACCUAUCUCACCCCGCUCGAGUCCUUCCUCGCGCGCAACCUGGGCAUUUUGCUCGUCGCCGCCGCAAUAGUCCUCGUCCUCAAUGUCCCUUCGGUGCCGCUCUUCGACCCCAACCAGGCCACGACGAGGCAUCCCCUCCUGGCACCACUCAGCUCGGCCUGCGCCAUCAUUGCCUUCCUGGCAUACAAUACAAGAUCUGUGAGCUCUCUCGGUCUCCUCGUGACAUUUCCCGCGGCUGCAAUAUCCCUCUGGGGAUUCUGGGUGAUGCUGUUCGAGGGCACGUCCGCCUUUUCCAAGAAGACAGGCGCCGACAAGCACACGUCCACAUUCCUGUUCGGGAACAGAGCUGCAGCCUCGGCGCAGAAGAAGCGAUGGAAGAAACGGCGGGCGGAACCGAGCGGUGAUCUGAGCACCCGGAACGGUACUGGGUCAUUUGAGUCUCGAGGCGCGACGAGAACGUCUAGCUAA